AUGGCUCGUGUAAGCUUUGCUUUGGUUGCAGCAAUGGCAGCAAUGCUAGUAGUCUCCACCUUCGCACAAUCCCCGGCUCCUUCUCCCUCAGUACAAACACCAAGGAAGAUUUCUCCUGCUCCGGCUCAAUCGCCGACCACAACGGCGGCUCCUGCUCCAUCGGUGACCGCCACAACUCCGGCGAAUGCUCCUACUCCAUCCACCGAUGUUACAUCUCCACCAUCUCCUUCACCAGUCGCCGGUGAUGUCCCAGCCUCAUCUCCAUCAUCGAUCUCUGAUUCUCCUUCAGGCUCUCCUUCGGCGAUCUCUGAUUCUCCUACUGAUGCUCCUUCACCAGCUCAAAACGGCGCCGCUUCGGCUUCGUUCACUGUCGUUGGAUCUAUAGCCGUUGUCGUUUUGGCCUCAGUUUUCGUCUUGUAG